AACACAACUCUCUAAAAUAUACUCCAUCUAUUAUUUGUCCUAUAAGGGAUUACACAUCCAUUUCCUUAGAGCAAUGACAUCAUCUUCCUCAAAUCUCUCCCAAAUGAAUAUCGGAUAUUCUCCAACCACUUUAUCAUCAAAUUGUGGGAUUGAACCUUUAACUGGUACUAAUUUUGCGUCAUGGAGAGACAAUGUGAGACUGACCCUUGGAGUUAUGGAUCUUGAUUUCACCCUAAGACAUGAUCCUCCCCCUGCACUCACUGCUGAAAGUACUCAAGAGCAUAAAUGAGUGUAUGAACAGUGGGAGAGAUCAAAUCGCAUGUCUCUUAUGAUCAUAAAGAAUUCCAUCUCGAUUGCCAUUCGUGGAGCCAUUCCAGAUUCGGAAAAUGUGAAAACUUACUUGGACUCCGUAGAGGAGCAAUUCAAGGGCACCUCCAAGGCUCAUGCGAGUACAUUAAUCUUGCAAAUGUUGACAAAGAAAUACGAAGGUGUGAGUGGUGUGCGUGAGCACAUUAUGAUGAUGAGUGACAUGGCUAAAAAACUUAAGAGCAUGGAUAUGGAGAUCAGUGAGGGCUUCUUAGUCCACUUCAUAAUGACCUCCUUGCCCGCACAAUUUAGUCCUGUAAAAAUUAACUAUAACACUCAAAAGGAAAAAUGGAAAAUGAGUGAGUUAAUUGCAAUGUGCGUACAAACGGAGGAGCGCCUCAAAGUGGAAAAGUCUGAUGUCACCCAUCUCACAACCACAAACACUAGCAAAAGAAAGGGCAAGUUCAAGACUGGUGAAAGCUCAAAGGUCCACAAAAUUGGUACAAGUGCGGUCGCAGGCUCAACCAAUGCCAAGGCUCCUCCUCGUUGUAAAUUUUGUCAUAAGAAAUGGCAUUUUCAAGGAGAGUGCUCAAAUUUCAAGGAAUGGUUAGCCAAGAAAGGGAUUCCAUACAAUCCGGAGGUUGGAAAGAAACCAAAGGACCAUUAAAAUCGGGAAUGGUGAAGAUAUUAAUGUUGAAGCUGUUGGUACCUUACCUUUAGUAUUGGAGGGUGGCUUCUGCAUGUAUUUAUAUGACACAUUGUAU